UCUCAUCCCCAACGUCUCCUCCUCCCCUGUCCCCGUCUCCGCUGCAACCAUGAGGUCGCUCUUCUCCAAGCAGGCGCGCCACCCCACCACGCCGCCUCCCCCCUUCUCCGGCGGCGAGACCCCGCCGCGCCGCCGCACGCCCAAGGAGAACGUCGACCCUUCCACCCCGGCGCACCAUCCCCACUCCGGGGACCACGCCUCCCCCUACCGCUCCCCUUCCUCUGCCGCCAAGCCGCUCCUCACGCGGAACAGGAGCCUCCCACCGCGCCCCCCGUCAUCGAACCCCCUCAAGCGGAAGCUCGACGUCUCCCCCGCGAGGGGCGCCGUGGGCCCGCCGCCGGAGGCCGCUACCGCGUCCGACUCCGGGGUCCAGGUUGUGGUGAGGAUACGCCCCCCGUGCUCCGUGGAGGGGGAGGAGGCUGGGGAGGAUGGGCGGGGCCCCGACGCGUGCGUUCGCAAGAUGGCGACCAACUCUGUCGCAAUCCAGGGGCAGGACUUCACGUUCGACGCGGUCGCCGACGCAGCCUCUACGCAGGAAGAUCUGUUCAAGCUUGUUGGCCAACCGCUUGUCGAGAAUUGCUUGUCAGGGUUCAACAGCUCGAUAUUUGCCUAUGGCCAGACCGGGAGUGGAAAGACAUACACAAUGUGGGGCCCGCUCUCUGCAAUUUCAGGAGACUCGAUGGGCUGCGAGAGGGGACUGACGCCCCGUGUUUUUGAGCAGUUGUUCUCCCGGAUUAAAGAAGAACAAGGGAAACACAAAGACAAAGAGCUAAUUUACAAUUGCACCUGCUCUUUUCUCGAGAUCUACAACGAGCAGAUAACUGAUUUGCUAGAUCCCAUGCAAAAAAAUCUUCAGAUAAGAGAGGAUGUUAAAACUGCUUGUGUUUAUGUUGAAUCGUUGACAAAGGAGUUCGUUUUCACUAUGAAAGAUGUAACUCAACUGUUGGUGAAGGGAUUGGCGAACCGGAGAACAGGGUCAACAAGUGCGAAUGCAGACAGUUCACGAUCUCAUUGUGUUUUUACAUGUGUCAUCAAAUCAGAAUCAAAGAAUCUUGAAGAUGGCUCAAACAGCAUUAGAGUAAGCAGGAUAAAUUUAGUAGAUCUUGCUGGAUCUGAGCGGCAAAAGCUAACCCAUGCAGCUGGGGAUCGCCUAAAAGAAGCAGGAAAUAUAAAUCGGUCACUUUCAGCGCUCGGAAACUUGAUUAAUAUACUAGCAGAAAUUUCACAAUCUGGAAAACAAAGGCACGUUCCAUAUCGUGAUUCAAAGUUGACAUUUCUAUUACAAGAAUCUCUGGGUGGUAAUGCAAUGCUUGCAAUGAUUUGUGCUGUUUCGCCGUCAGAAAGAUGUAAGAGUGAAACCUUAAGCACUCUAAGGUUUGCUCAACGUGCUAAAGCUAUAAAAAACAAUGCAGUUGUCAACGAACAAAAAGAGGACGAUGUCAAUGCACUGCAUGAGCAGAUCAGACAUCUGAAGGAUGAACUCCACAGAAUGAAAUCCAAUGGUGGCUCCGAAGGAGGCAAUGGCAGCUUUUCUACUGGUUGGAAUGCUAGGCGCAGUUUGCAUCUGCUAAAAAUGAGCUUGAAUCGUCCUACGACAUUCCAGGCUAUCAAAGAAGACAGCGAUGAAGAAAUGGAGAUAGAUGAGAAUGAUGUGGAGAAGCCCAGUAAUCAUGAUAAUAUGGCAAUAGCCCUUGCUGGAGAUAUUGGUUUCAAAAGGCUCCCAGCUUCAGAGGUGACAAAUGCUGGUUUUUCACAUGUUGAUGCGUUUGAUGGAGAUAAAAUUUUGAUGCCUACCAAAAGGUCUUGUUCUGAUGCUAAUAAACUUGGAGAAGACAGAUGCAACUUAAAUCUCGCUGCCAGUAUACAGAGAGGACUUCAAGUCAUCGAAAGUCACCAAAACAACGGUGCAUGGAGGAGAGCCUCAGUUGGGUUAAAUGCUAGAAUUAGGGAUGUUCUGCCUUGCAAGGUUGAUGUCGCGACUCAGACUGAUCCUGAAGAAUCUCAAGCAAGAGAUAACACUCUGGCUCUAGUUCCUUCUUGUGUAGUUGAGAUUUCUUCAAAUGAGAGCAAGGAUCCUGAUGCUUGCAGAGAUCUGCAAUUGGUACCAGCUGAUGGAGCAGUACCAUCUGAUGACCUAAAGCAGCGGCAGAUUCUCAAAGCUGUGGAGAAUGUCCUGGCUGGAUCAAUCAGGCGAGAAAUGGCACGUGAUGAACAAUGCACGAAGCAAGCUGUAGAAAUUCAACAGCUAAAUCGUUUGGUGCAACAGUACAAGCAUGAGCGAGAGUGCAAUGCUGUAAUUGCACAAACAAUGGAAGGCAAGAUUGCUAGGCUUGAAAGUUUGAUGGAUGGAACUUUACCGACUGAUGAAUUUAUACACGAGGAGUAUCUCUCUCUUAUGAAUGAGCACAAGAUCCUCCAAAAGAAAUAUGACAACCAUCCUGAAGUCCUACGUGCUGAAAUUGAGGUGAAGGCACUCCAGCGGGAAUUGGACUUGUGCAGGAAUUACAUGGACGAGAAAGAGGUUUUACAGGAAGAGAUACAUCAUCUGAAGAGUCAGUUGCAUUAUAUGCUUUCAUCUUCUGCAUCGCUUCGCAGGCUCUGGCCUCCGCUGCAAUUGCAUCAGAGCACUAAUCCUUCGCCUGGAACAAAAGAUGAUGAUGGUGAUGCUAACAUUGCGGAUGCUGCUGAUUGCGCUGAAGCUGAGAGUAAAUGGAUUGCUCUCAUGGACGAGCUCAGGGCUGACCUUGAAGCAAACAAAUCUCUUGUUAGAAGGUUGCAGUCGGAAUUGGAGUCAGAGAAAAAAUGCUCAGCGGAAUCGAAGGAGGCAUUGCAAACAGCGAUGCAGGGAUAUACUAGAAUCUUGGAACAAUAUGCUGACCUUGAAGAGAGGCAUAUUGGUUUGCAUGCAAUGCACAGGAAAAUCCUUGAUGGGGUUGAAGAUGUGAAGAUUAGGGCUGCAAAAGCUGGUGUCAAAGGAGUCGAACUACGGUUCAUCAACUCCCUUGGUGCCGAAAUCUCUGUUCUGAGAGCAGAUAAUAAAAGCCUUCAGGACCAGCUGAAGGAUACAGCUGAGGCUGUUCAAGCUGCUGGUGAAUUGCUAGUACGACUAAAGGAGGCUGAGGAAGCGACAACAGUUGCCCAGAACCGAGCCUUGUUAGCAGAGCAGGAGACGGAGAAAGCCUAUCAGGAGAUCGACAACUUAAAAAAGAACUACGACCAUGAAAUCAUCGCGCUAAAUCAAUGCCUGACAGAGUGCUCCAAGCACAACAAUGCUACAUCUCUGCCUGCCACAUCCAGCAUUCUCGACUCUGCACCCAGGUAUGACACGGUUGGUGGUAGCCCCGGUGAUUAUCAGCAAUGGCCGGGGGAGGUGGACGCCUUACACCAGCACGGAUCACUGGAGGUCACCAAGAGCACCGACCUCAACUCGUGGUUCUCCGGGUACGACAGAUGCAACAUCUGAUGAUGCCGUCACUGUUUAUUCUCUGUCUACCUUGGGAGGAAAGAGUUAGUGGCAGCAGUAUGUUGUACACCUUGUAAGCAUCAGAUCAGAGGGCCAAAGGAAGCGUUUCUCUUCACCGUCCGUGUGGCGUGUCAUUACAGAUUCUUGUACAUUACGAUGGACACCGACGCUCUACAUUACAAGAGCCAGAGCGAUGCUCUUCUCUUUGUCGCCGCAAUCUUUUUCUAACGGGCAUAAUGCUGCAAGCUGUACUCCUUGCAACUUCUGACAA